CCACGUGACCCCCGGGCCCCGCGGGAGCCGAGCAGCUCGUUCCAGUUCCGGGAGCUGGAGGGGGCCGGGCGCGCCCUGCCCCCAGCCCGCCGCGACCAUGCUGUCCCGCCUGCUGAAAGAACACCAGGCCAAGCAGAAUGAACGCAAGGAGCUGCAGGAGAAGAGGAGGCGAGAGGCUAUCACUGCAGCGACCUGCCUGACAGAAGCUUUGGUGGAUCACCUCAAUGUGGGCGUGGCCCAGGCCUACAUGAACCAGAGAAAGCUGGACCACGAGGUGAAGACCCUACAGGUCCAGGCUGCCCAGUUUGCCAAGCAGACAGGCCAGUGGAUUGGGAUGGUGGAGAACUUCAACCAGGCGCUCAAGGAGAUCGGGGAUGUGGAGAACUGGGCUCGGAGCAUCGAGCUGGACAUGCGCACCAUUGCCACCGCGCUGGAGUACGUCUACAAAGGGCAGCUGCAGUCGGCCCCCUCCUAGCCCCACUGCCCUCCCCUCCCCCACUCCUCCUACCUCCCCCCAGGCGGGCAGGAAGGAGGGGGACAGGCCAUGAAUAAAACACAAGCCUCCA